UCAGUCUCAGGUUAAGGUCUCUGUCCUGUCUUUACCUGCUCUUCACCAUGAGGAGAUCACAUCAGCACUGGCAUCACGAUUAUCUUCAGACUCACGCCAGCUAACAGAAAACCAGUGGACGCUUUUAUCCCAGUCCUGCCUAUCCUGCCCUUCUCCUCUCUACCUCAAUUUAGCCCAUGCAGAGAGCAAACAAUGGAGUUCCUUCACACCCGAAAACAGCCUCAACAUCCCUAAGGAUCCAAAUCAACUUUUCAUAAACGUCCUAGUCAGUUUAGAGCGAGAGUAUGGGUCAUGUUUGGUACGACGUUUGGCUUUGCUUAUUUCACUGUCCCGCUCUGGCAUCGCUGAGGAGGAACUUUUGGUGCUUUUAGGAUGCGAUGGUCAUGUGAAGUGCGAGAUGGCGAGUUUGCAUCAUCAGACGCUUCCAGGUUCUGAAUAUUCCCCUGUGCCCUAUGCAUUUGUGGCAGGACUUUUGUACAGUUUGAGGGAUUACAUGACAGAAGUGGAAAGUGACGACACAUGGGUUUUACGCUGGACUCACACAGAGUUUUGUUGUGUUGUAUUACAGCGGUAUGCACCAACAGAAGACUCUAGAAAAGCUGUCCAUGCAGACUUUGCUGAUUAUUUCAAUGGGAGUGCUCCGAACAGCCAGGUUUUUCAACCGUUGGCUUGGAUCAGGAAGGAGAGAGGAAGAAGGUGCUAUGUGUUUAAUUUGCGCAAACUCCACUGUUUGCCAUAUCAUUAUAUCCACUCAGGGCAGAUCAUUCCUUUGCUCACUGAGUGUCUGUUUAACUACGAGUUCCUGCUGCAUAAACUGUGGGGAUUGUCCAUCUAUCACGUCCAGGAGGACCUUAAAGCGGCUGUCAUUGUGGAUAAAGAUCUUCUGGACGUUGCUGUUUUGGCUCAAGUUUUGAGUCUUUCUCAUUCUGUGCUUUUGAAUGACCCAUGCCAGCUGGCAUCUCAGCUCCUGGGUCGUUUGGAGCAGAUAAUUUGCCAAGACAAACCCGUAACUUCAGGUGACCCAAGACGAUUCUCCUUCCUUCAUGAUCUGUUAGCUCAGUGCAGAAGCUCUUCUCUGCCCGUUCUGGUGCCCUCAUACACCUGCCUGCUUCCUCCAGGUGGACUCAUGCACACACUCCUGUCAGGUCAUAUGAGUGCCGUGACCGCACUGGCUCAUGGUGGACGGCACCUUGUUUCCUGCUCGUCUGAUGGAAAGCUGAAUCUAUGGCGUCUGGACGAGCAAAUGAGGCCUGUGGGAGCCCUACCGAGGGCUCAUGGAUGCGCAGUAGACUGGGCCGCAGACUCGCUCACUCUUUGUCUGGAUGACACUGUGCUCGUGCUGCAGAUGGGCUACUGUCUGCAGGUCAGAGAGGUGCAUUCUGGGAAGGUGCUAUAUGUGGAGGAGUCAUUAGAUGUUCCUGUGGUCACAUCUGCAUGUGAUGGACGGCUGCUGGUGAUUUUCUAUGAUGGAUGUCAUAUGGUUAAGGUAUUUAAUCUUGUGUCGUCUUGUUCGCUGCUCUUUUGUGUAAACCUCACUCUGGAGUUUGAGCCCAUCCACAAAGACCAGUCAAUUGUAGUCUCCCGUCAACCUGCUAAAGACUACGUUCUCUUCGCCUACAGGAAUGGAGGAGAGGCGGCGGUGUUCAAUGCUAAAGGUGGAGUUGUGUCUUCCACAUUGAAAGCUCAGCACCCUGCAGCGGCAAUACAAGCUGUAGAGAUCAGCUCUCAGUAUUUACUGCUCUUCUGCAGAUACCCCUAUAAAAGACAAAGUGAAAUCAUUCAUAUUGAACUCUUCAGCGCUGAAUCUUUCCAGUAUCUGCGCUCCAUCUUGGGUUGCAGUCAGGACUACAUUUCCCAGGUCACUGUUGCAGGAGGCGGGUCCCACAUUGUGGCCUUCUGCCCCGCCCCUCACCAUGGCACCACUGAAAUUAUUAUCUGGAACAUUGAGACGGAAGACCAUAAACACAUUGCACGCUUUCCUGGCCUAAUGACACACGGAGAGUGUUCUGACCUGCGGUUCUGUGUGGGCUUUUGUGUGGGGGAGCGACUUUUACGCAUGUGGAACUUGGGAUCCAGAAUUAAUGACCAAACACUCACAUAUAAUGUGCACAAAGCGCACAUUGACGGCACAGCAGAGAUUGUGACCAUACAGAAAAACCCGAGGUAUGUAGUGUGUCGAAGUACACGUCCCGGUACAGUGAGGAUCUGGAAUGUGGCUCGGGUGCGACUGAAGGGUCGUCCUGUACAGGUGGAGCAUGGCCUGUUCUCAAGUUCAGACAUCGCUCUAAUACGAGACCUGAAAAUCUACAUACUGUCAGACCUAACUACCUCCAACUUUACUGACGCAGCUGUUUACCAGACCCUGUUGGUGUAUGACCUUCUGAAAAAGAGCUACAUCAAGAAACAAACUGGACUGUUCAUCGUGCCCUGUCCUCAGCAGGACUAUCAUCUCCUGGAGGGUGAAAUACUGCUGGGCCUUUCAGAAACACGGGAUCAUCUGAUAUUGUGGGAUCUGGACUCUGGCUAUAUUAAAGGACGUAUUAAGACGUCCUACAAAGAAAGCCUGCUCCUCAGCAUGGACACGGAUUCACAUAUAAUGCCCUCAAAGGAGAAGACAGGUAUUAAAACUGUCUAG